UUAACAACACAGAUAGGGCUAGCUAAUUUGUCAUUUCAUCUAUUUCAGGGGAUAUUUUCAAAGAAAAAAAAAAUUCAAAUAUGUAAAAUUACCAUUUUGUCCCACUCCCUUUUUCCUUGGGUUGCCACCAUUAUAUGUAUGCAUCAGAUCUUUUCUUCCCUCCGCAGAGAUAACCAUGUAUCCUCUCAAACAAACUCAUGCAAGUACUUCCCUUCUCUCUUCUUCCUCAGCCUUCCAUGAAAAACUAGCUACACCAUGGAGUAAAUCAUGCCCACCGAGCACUAAUUACUUGCGACCAUCCUCCAAGAAAAGUACAAUCAUCAAAGCUUCACUGUCGCUGCCCCUCACCAACUCUUCCAACACUUUACCACUCACUCCUGAAACUGAAACUGCAAAGAAGGUACAGCAAAGAUCAGCUGCGAAUGCAUGCCCUCUUACUCCCAUGGAUUUCCUGGAAAGGGCUGCUGUUGUUUAUGGAGAUUGCCCGUCGAUUCUCUACAACGAGACUAGCCGUACGUGGGCCGAAACCCAUUCCAGGUGUGUGAAACUGGCUUCCUCCAUCGUCUCCCUUGGCAUCAAGAAGGGCGACGUGGUUUCCGUUGUGGCGCCGAAUGUUCCCGCCAUGUGCGAGCUUCAUUUUGCCGUGCCGAUGGCAGGAGCUAUCCUGAAUAAUAUCAAUCUCCGCCUGGAUGCCAACGCGAUCUCCAAUAUUCUCCAGCACGCCGGGUCCAAGCUCUUGUUCGUGGAUUUCCAGUCUGCGUCUGUGGUCGAGGAAGCGGUUUCCAUGUUCCCGUCGGGUUUAUCGCGCCCUGUUUUGGUCUUCAUCGAUGAUCAUUAUGAGAAUCAUGUCAAUGGUUCGUCUACCGUGAAGAUCAAUGGACAUCAUCGUCUUGAUUAUGAAGAAAUGGUGGGAAAUGGAGAUCCGGGGUUCAAAUGGUUCCGGCCUCACAGCGAGUGGGAACCGAUUACAUUGAAUUACACCUCCGGGACCACUUCUUCUCCCAAGGGAGUGGUUAGCUGCCACCGGGGAGCUUUCCUCAUAUCAGUAAACUCUUUGCUCGACUGGGCUGUUCCCAAGCAGCCAGUCUACUUGUGGACCCUGCCCAUGUUCCACGCUAACGGGUGGGGCUACGUGUGGGCCAUGGCGGCUGUUGGCGGGGCUAAUGUUUGCCUCCGCCGUGUCGAUGCACCUUCUAUCUACCAAGCAUUAGAGAGGUACAAAGUGACACACAUGUGUGGUGCACCGGUGGUGCUCAACAUGUUAACCAACCACCCCGGAAGAAAACCUCUGGAUUCUCCCGUCCACGUAAUGACUGCUGGGGCCCCACCUCCUGCUGCCGUGCUUGGCAGGGCGGAAUCGCUCGGGUUCAUAGUAAGUCACGGGUAUGGGUUGACGGAAACUGGCGGGCCGGUAGUGACCUGCGCGUGGAAGCAAGAAUGGAACAAUUUGGCAGGCCCGGAGAGAGCCCAGCUGAAGGCAAGACAAGGAGUGGGGAUGAUCGGGUGCCCGGAGGUCGACGUGGUGGAGCCUGAUUCCGGCGAGAGCGUGGCCAGAGAUGGUUGCACCAUGGGGGAGAUCGUGCUGAGAGGUGGCAGUGUAAUGCUUGGUUAUCUGAAAGAUCCAGAGGGAACAUCGAAAUGCAUGAGAGAAGACGGGUGGUUUUACACCGGAGAUGUCGGAGUGAUGCAUCCUGACGGGUACUUGGAAGUGAAGGAUAGAUCCAAGGAUGUGAUUAUUUGCGGCGGAGAGAAUUUGAGCAGUGUGGAGGUGGAGUCUGUUCUGUACAGCCACCCGGCGGUGAAUGAGGCAGCAGUGGUGGCACGGCCGGACAAGUAUUGGGGGGAAAUUCCGUGUGCGUUUGUGAGUUUGAAAGAGGAGGUGUUUGAGAAGCCGACGGAGAAAGAGGUAAGGGAGUUUUGCAAGGCGAGGCUGCCGCUGUACAUGGUGCCAAGAAUGGUGGUGUUCAAGGAGGAGCUUCCAAAGACAUCUACGGGCAAAAUCCAGAAGUUUUUGCUCAGAGAUAUGGCUAAACACUUGCAAAAAAGAAAAUUUUUGUCAGAAUUAAUAACCAAACAAGCGUGAUAAACUUGCUGUGUGCUUGGUUAUUUAUUCUGAAUUAUAUAUCAAUUAUAUGAUUGGUUCAAAUUUGACCGAGUUACGUCCGGACUAAAAUUUCCCAUAGUGGAAAAUCGUAAUAAAACGUUUAUGCCCAUCCUUGAUCACUAA